AUUCAUUUUUAAAUCCUGCAGGUUCAACAAGGAGGAGAUCUUCCUCCUCAGGAUCACAAGAGCAACACAAUUUUAAUCACCCACAAUUGUUUACUGAUAGUAGCGUAGCUCCGAAUAUACAGCAAACGAUUGAUCCAUUAAUGAAUUAUAAUUUUGCACCUGAUCAUGAGAACGAGGGCCCUUCAUCCUCGAUGGGGAAAAAAGGACGGAGCAGGAAUUUCAAAGGAAUACGCCCUCCAGAAAAUAGAGAGAGCAGGAAAUGGGUUAAACUCACUGAUGAAAAGCUCUAGUUUGCUGAUCCAAACAUCCAUCGGGCUAUCACUUCACUAUGGAAGUCACAUUUUGAUGGCUCGUAUUUCACAUACGAGCGUGUCCCCCAAAGCAAGAUUGCUGAAAUUUAUAGUUGUUUCAAGACACUUUAUCAGUGGGAUCCUGUAGAUAAUCGCCAUGUGCGAGAUGCAUUCCUAAAUUGUAUGAAACAUAGAUGGAGUGACAAUCUCAAGGAUGAGAAGUUGAAAUGGGACAAGAACUCAGCCUAUGUCCCAUGUUGGAUCCCAACUCAUAUAUGGCUUCAGCUGCUGACAUAUUGGGACUCUAAUGAAUAUAAGAGGCUCAGUGCAAGGGGAGCAAAGAAUAGGAGCUCUGGGGAAAACGUGACUCACACCGUUGGGUCCAUUAGCUUUGGCAUCCAUGAGAUGUGGAUGACUGAGUCUAGAGGUGGUGUGCAACCUCUUCAUCAGGAGAAAUUCAAGGAGAUGCACACCUUCAGAAAAAAGGCGGGAAAGGAUCAAGAGCCAGCAUGGAUCAAUGAAAAAGCAAAGUAUCGAUAUGAUACUUAUGUUGCGGAGUGCACAGAUAGUCAUAGCUCUAAUGUGAGGCAUGGGUUAAAGUUGAUAGAGGUUGCUCAUCUAAUUUCAUGCCAAGGAUUGGCUCCCAAGUAAAUCCAGAGAUGGUUGGUUUUACUUACAAGAAGAAACAACCCCGAGAAAACUUAAUAGCUGCACUGAUGGCGUCUGACUAUGAGGAGACACAGGCAAAAGAUCAUGAGGAGUUAGAAAGACAACGCCAACAAAUUGCUUUGUUGCAACAGCAGCUGGCCAAUAUGACAGAAGCUCAAAAUAGUAUAAGCCAGACAAUCGCACAGUCUGUUGCAGCAGCUCUAGCCGCUCAUGGCAUCUCCCCUCAGGUAGGUCAUCAUCCAGUUGCCCCACCACAGCCAUCACAUGGUCUUGGCUCAGGUCUUCGCAUGAAUUCAGCUUUCACCUACUCCACUGAUUUUACACAAACCUCUUCUAUGGUCCCUGAAUAUCAGCAGCAGCGGCAGUUUCCGCCUCAAGAUGAUGAUGCAUACCAUCCUACUUUUGAUCCAAACUAUCAGGGUCCUUAGUUUUUUUAUUUUUUUGCUACGCACAUUAUCUGCAUACUUUGAAUGGUUGACUUUAUUUCUAUUAGUACGAUAUAUUUUCUUAUUACGAUAUAUUUUCUUAUUUUGCUUGACCUUUAGUGAUCAUACUUCAAAAGGUAUGAAGUUUUGGACUGCUUUGGAGAUUAAUUAUUGUUAACUAAAUAUCGUGGGUAUUU